CACAAAGACCCUAUCCGAUCCUCUUCUUCUCUUCCUCUUCUUCAAAAAAAGAAAAAUCAAAAAUCAAAAUCCGAUGCGACCCGCCAGCUUUCCGCCAUCGAUCGAGACCCUCCUUCUCUAAUGGAACUUUGUAAAUUCUUCCUGCUGAUCUAAUCUGGAAUCAACUCCGAUACUGGAUCCACCUUCUCCGACUAGAUUCGCCAUUCCGUCUCUUCACGAGUUGAUCAAUCAUAUAUUAUCCGAGAUGGGGAAGAACCAGGCCUACAAAGCUAUGCAGAGGUCGAGGCUCUCGGGCCAGGCAGGGCCUGAGGAGUUCGAGGACGGAAGGGUUGAUGGUACUUUUCAUUCACCAGAGUGGCAUGCUGCUCGUUUGGCCAGCCUGAAUACAUCCCACACAAUAACAUGGGAAGAAUUUAAGAAAAAGCAGAAGGAAGAUGAACUCAAGAAGGGUGAGAUGGAGGCUGACAAGGAUAGAAUGAUGCGAGAUUAUAGGGCACAGCUGGAGGCUGAUAGGGCACGUAAGCUUGCUGCUGGGAGGAACCAUCCAGGAAUCAAGUUGCAUGGAAAAAAAGCGAAGAGAGAGAAGGAAUCAAAGAAACGAAGUCACCAGAGGAGAAAGCACAGGAAGAGGGCAUCUGAUUCAAGCUCUUGCAGCUCUUCUUCAGAAUCCUCGAGCAGCGCUGACGAUGACGACGAUAGAGAUUCGAAGAGGUCGAGGUCCAAGUCGAGAUCCAAGAGAACAAAGGAGAAAAGGCACAGAUCAAAGUCCAAACACUCUUGCAGUGACAGCGAAGCAAGCGGCGGCGGUCCGGUACGUCUUUCGAGAUUUUUCAAUAAUAUGAAGAGCUAAGGCUCACAUCAGAGUUCACUGCUGAUGUUGCCAAACUUAGAUGUUGUCAGAGAAGCAGAAAAAAAAUGGGGGGCAUAUACAUGCAUACCACUCAAUUCCUAUGUGUUUGCAUGUCAAACACUUAAACA